ACCCCAGCAAAGAAAGAGGUCGUGUUUCCAGGAUCCUCCAGUGAAACCCCUCAAAACCAGUACGAGGGAGAGACUGAGACUAAAUAAAAAAAAAACGACCAGUGUUUCUUUUAAACUCAGUGCAUUGACAGACCGGUCUACAUGGAUCCUGGUCUGAAACUCGCAUCCGAUUCUUCAAUCUGAGGAGACGCGAGUCUGCAACCUGCGGUCUGGAUCAGGAUCAAGACCUCUUCUCUCUGAUGGGAUGGAGGUGAAAGCGCUCUGAAGGGAACUCUGAAAACCCAAGAACUGAUAUUCAUUAUCAGCCUUGAACCCAUCAAGUCUUCGAGUACAUGAGUUCUCUGAAUGGGUUUUUGGUGAAGUGACUGAAACAAGCUCUGCAGAAGACAGGAAGAAAAGAAAGAAGCAAUGAAUGGAAGCGAGAUAAAUGCACGUCUGGCCAGAGGAGCUCUUGAGAUGCAAAACAGCAGGUGUUUUGUGAACACACCCCCUACAGCGAGUGGGCUGCAUUGAGUGGUGGUAAUGGCUUCACCAGCACCUGGGAUAUCAGGAUUUCUCCUCUCUUGCUUUGUGCUCUCGAGGUGAAUGGUGGACCAUAUUAAGCAAACUCGCGGCCACGUCUGCUGGCUCGAAGAAACUCCAGACAGACUGCUGAACUGAGAGGAGAGACUGAGGAAGAGGAAGCCGGGCACCCUGGGAUCUGAGCCGGUGUGACCUGUACGAGGAGAGGAGCAGCGCGGAGGCUUUGAUUAAAAUGGGGCUGCACAUCUUCAUCCCAGCUGACUGCGUGUCUGAGGGUUGCUCGCUCAGCCCGCAGCCAUGCCAGACGUAAAGCCUCCUCCACCAUGUGACUACCCCUGCACCUCCUCUGCUGCAGCCUCCGCCGGCUCUCAGCUUGACCUCCUCAUCAACAUGGAGCCCUGCAUCGCCAACCUCCCCCUGUCCCCCGACCCCUUGAACUCAUUCCCCCGACACAGACCCGGCGUCUCUCACUACACGGGUGUCCAGGGGCCUCCCUUCCCACUCAUGGCCCGGUGUAACAGCAGCACCCUGCUCACAAACCUGGGCCUGAGGUACUGCUCCAGCAGGCAGGGUCCUCUUGGGGCGGGGCCAGGCCAGGGUCUGGUUCCAGGCUUCUGUGGCCACACUGGCAGUAACGGCAGCAGACCUUACAGGAGUAUGGAGAACCUGAACUGGAACAAUGUAGCAGAUUCUGGCCUCUAUGGAUUAAGUGCUGCCCCCUAUAGGAGCAUGGACAGUGAGUUUAUUUUACGCUACACCUCCACUAGCCACUGGUGUGGGGGGUCUCCAGAUGGAUCUAUAGUGGGAGCACAUGGACUGGUACCCAGCCCAGAUAAUCUAGCAUAUUACCCUAGACAUGGACUACCCAGGAAGGACUUACCGCUCUUCCCUCAGUUGCUGUUUCCUGGUGGUGUCGACGAAUGGGAUGCGAGGAAAGGCCUGAGGGAGAAACUCCGCCUCCAGAGUGCGAGGUCUUCAGGUGAGCCUCUGAAGCCCCUCCCUUUACGGCCUCAAAUGUCUCCAGGGGCUGCCCCCUUUGAACGGGAGGGUGUGAAUCAUGUAAUUCAAACAACUCCUGGGUCCAGGCCGAUGUGCACGAUGCGCAUCACAAACCCAGAAGACAUCAAACAGGAAGUUCUGAGGCGCUUGCAGCUCCGACGGCAGAACAGCAGCCCCAACCUGGCUCUCCAAAGCUCCCCAUCUAGCCCCAAGGUGGUGAAGACAUCUUACACCACAGACAACAUUGCAGGCAGCAGGAGUGCCUCAGACUCUGCAUCCGAGCGCUGCAGACCUCCUGUGGGACGCCUUCAUAUUCCAACAUUUGAGGAGUUUAAGAGGAUGAGGCAGAAGGAGGGAGAACAAGGCAAGGAGUCCACAAGGAAUUCUGUGGUUUCAGGAAGAUCUGAGGCCGACAGUAGAAUACCUCCUUCUGAUCAGACUUUCCUUCAGCAGAGCUCCCCUGGAAGAAACUGGGAAGACUCAGAGAAGGUGGAGGGAGAAAUGUGCAAAGCUGAAAGGACAGGACACAAUGCUGAAACCCUGCAGACCUCCUCAGAAACACUUCCAUGUAACAUCAGUGCAGCUCCUAUCUCCACCUAUGUUACCACCACGUACUCUCCCAUCCGCACAGUCCCCACUCCACGUCUACCCCUGCAACCCCUGGCCAGCUCAGGCCAGGAGAAAGCCCCCCCUGCUGCAUUGGGAGAGGAUGGAAGCACCCGGCGUAGGAGGAGCAGUCUGGAACCAGCUGGAUCGGUUCCCUUCCCGCCCUGCAGGGAGAACUUUGAGCGGCCCUCCAGCUGCUGCCCGGCGCUCCUUUUGGAGGGGACGGACCUGUCCAGCUACGGAGCCAAGAUCUAUAAGAUGAAGGAUGGCCUCAUUGGCUCUGCACUGGACCUCAUCAAGAAGAGCUGCAGUGCAGAGAUCUCCGCCGAGGCCCCCGUCAGGCUGUCAGCUGACCGGGACGGAGGCUGUGACAUCACCGCCCCCUCGACCGACUGUCAGCCCUCCGCCGUUGCCAUGGCAACGUCGGCAACGGCCUGCGGAGCCGAGGCUGGCGACGAGACGCCUGCAGGAGGAGGAGAGGAAGCAGCAGAAUGCCACACCGGUCUGGGCUGCAGGCGCUCCAGCUCGGAUGCAGCCUAUGAGCUGGCUGAAACGGUGAGAGCUCAGCGCGAGUGUCGUCUCCGGCCUCACUACAGCGACCCCAUGCCAGCAGACGCCUCCAAGCGCAAACAGCUGGAGAUGAAGAUCGCUGCCGCCGCCAGACUCCACGGCCACCGCCGGGACCGCGACAGAGACCGAGACCGAGACAGUGCUCCGGCAGCUAUCCGCGGUCGCUCCGAGCCCCCCGGAGAGGAGCGCCAGGCGGGUCUAGGUGUGACUCGAGCUGGUCAACAUCGCUGGAGCACCAUCAGCAGCCUGAGCGCCGACAGCGGUGUGGUGGGCCUCAGUGAUGAGCGGGAGGAGGAGGACAGCGAGCCUCGCCGUCACCGCAGAACCAGGGGAGCAGAUGUGGAACGAGUGGACAGCGGCAUAGGCCCGGGUCUUUCUCGCACCUGGAAGAGACCGUCUGCCUCGCUCAGAGCCUGGGAGGCCCAGAGACCCUGUCCAGACUGUGGACUGAGGGACGGGGCCUCCAAGGAGAGAGGGGAGCGCAUGUGUGAACGCUGCUCCAAGCUGAGGACGGAGCGGAAGGAAGCCAUCCUGGAGUUUCUGAACACAGAGUCGAGCUACGGGGAGGACCUGAGGAUCAUCAAGGAGGAGUUUUACUGCCCCAUGCAGAGCGCCGGGCUGCUGACGGCUGAGCAGCUCAUUGUGGUGUUCGGUAACGUCCAAGAGCUCAUAGAUGUCAAUGACCGCUUCACUGAACACCUGCAAGACAGCAUCGACCAUGGCUUUGACCAGGGGGAUGAAGACCUGCUGACAGUAUACAUAGGAGAGAUCUUUCUGGAGUUCGUUAACAUGCUGCCCGCCUUCCAGACCUACUGCCUGCAGCAGUCCACCGCGGUCAACAUGCUGAACACGCUGGAGAAGGAGAAAGAACUGCUCAGGAUCUUCUUGGAUGUUUCCCAAAAUGACAACACGGCAUUACGCCGCAUGAACCUGCGCUCUUUCCUUAUGGCACCCCUCCAGCGUGUGACCAAAUACCCUCUUCUGUUGAGUCGCAUCAUUAAGGUUACUUCUGAAUGUCACCCGGACUACUCGCGUCUCCGUGAGGCCAAGAGUCGGGUCGAGUCCCACCUGGAGCACAUCAACAUGAAGACAAAGCAGGAAGGGAACGGUGUCACGUGGUCACUGCGAUCGUUCCGCCGGGACAGCCGUAAAAACCGGGAGGUCAUCAACAUAGAGAUGAGAGAGGUGUCGAUGAAGACUGUUGGCUGGGCGAGAGAAAACACCAGAUUCGUCAUGGAAGGACCUCUUCAGCUGUCCCAGCCGGCAGAUGGUCAGUGGGUGAAGAAGGGAAGCAAGGCACUGAAGUUCCAAAACGUCCAGAGUCUCCUGAUGGUGAGGACGCAGCGGGCCGGGGAAACCCCAGGACAGGGCAACGACACUGGGGCAAAGGUGGAUCAAGUGGAGGGAGGGGCAGAGAGCAUUCGAGACGGAGUUCUGGUUCUGAUUAAGGACAAGAGCAGCGGGAAGUUCGCGGUGCUCAGAGAGCCCAUCCGUUUAGGAAACUGUGUGGUGUCAACGGAUCCGGAGAGCGAGGACACAUUCGAGGUUCUUGACAUUCGAAAGGAGUCGUUCGUUUUCCGUGCCUCGGACAAAUCUCGCACCCAGCAGUGGUUCCAUCAAGUUAAGAGAUACGCUCGAGACUUGGGCACCUGGAGGAAAAGACGCAAUGCUUUGCCCAACAUCAUGAUCAACACAAACCAGGCUCGCUCCUGAGACUGACCAACCAACCCCUUCCACCUUUGUUACACUGUAAAUAACCUGAAUCCUUUGACUGCAAAAACAAACUGACAACAAGAAGCAUUUCAGAGUGAAACCACUUGUUAUGACUCAUUAGAUUUCAGUUAAAAAAAAUCUCUCUCUCAGUCUCUUGGGGGUUAUAGAGUGUAGAAAAGAAGUGGACGUAGCCACUGGGACAUCAUCCCUGUGUUUGGUGGCUUUUUGGCCGUCAGUGUUUCUGAACCAGGAGUGAUGAGUUUUGGAUGAGAGGGGAGAUACACUUUGCGAUGACUCAAUCCUGAUUGUCUGGUUGCCAAACCACAAAAUAUACCCUACUUAAUCCUUGAUAUUCCUCUAAAUGGAAUCAUACUUUACAAAAUGAACAUCAUGUAGCAUUAAUAAAGACUAAGAGAUAGAGAUUCAGUCCAUAAACGCAAUAAGAAAUGUUUACUGAGGGAAUAAAUCCACCUAGAAGAAGGGUCAUUUUACUGUCUGGUUUUAUAGCAUCUGAUGUUGCACUGUAUCCAAUGGAGGCGCCCCCUGCUGGCACUUAAAAAGAAUGCAGGUUUCCAAGGCUUCACUUUGGAAACAAGAGGUCUACGUCCACUUCUUGUAUACAGUCUAUAGUAAGAGAAAGAUAUAGCACUUUUUUUCCUGCAAAUGUCUAAGUGCGCCGUACUCUCUAAUUAAAUGACGUAUGAAAAUUUAAGCCGUUAACACUAAAAAAAGAGAAAUCCUUGGACAACCAAAAAUCCUGGGCUGUGCUCGUCAGCCUUGAUUGUAAAGACUGUUUGCUCCUGGAGGAAGAGAGCUGUGUGUCUGAUGAAAAGCAUGACUGACCAUGACUGCAUAAAGAAAACUUGUAAUGUCUUUUUUUUCCUACCAGACAUUGGUUGGGGGGAGAACUUUUAAUUUCACGGUAUGAAAAGGUGAAGAAGUGGUUAAAAAGCUUUGUUCCUUGGUUUCUGUUUGUCGUCACUGCCCUCUCCUGUUGGCGUGCCGCCCUCUUCUGUACGUCGGCGGUAGGGCACCUUUUCACUGCCAGAGAUGCAGUUGAGCAGAGCCUCUUUGACGGGCUCAUCAGACCUCCUGUAUCACUGUGUUUGACAUUUCUAAAUGAGAACUCACAAAACAGCAAUAAUCUCUGCCAGUUUCAACACGAGUAGCUACUAUUUAUGCAUUUUAUUUCCUUACAUUCACAUUUUGGCGUUCAGGUUUGUCCUGCUGUGGUCCACACUGUUACUGAGUUCAUGUGGCAGAUUUAACUUAAGUCUCAAAUUUGUACUUGUUUGAUGGAAAGUUGCUUCAUCGUAAGAAUACUGAGAGUAUCUGUUUCAGCGAGGCGAUGGAAGGAUUGUUUUAAAGCAAUGAAAGAGAGAAACUUUUGACGUCAGCACCAUGAUUAAUAUGUUAAAGAGGAAGUAUUAUGCUUUUUUAAAAGACUUUCAGUUGUCCCUUUGAUAGCUUUGUCGUAGCUUUACAUGACUUACAGCUCAGAAAAUCCUUUACUUAUCCCAGAUUCGUGUCUUUGAAAAACCUCAAUUCAGCUUCUGUCUGAAUCGCUCAUUUCAGGUACUGUCUCUUUAAGGCCCCCAUCCCUCUUCCCAAUAUGGCCACAAGUUUCAGACCCCCAAAUCUGACCUGAAAAGUUUAGACAGAGGCUGUUCUCGAAAAGGCAUGCUACAUACUACAUAUGAAUGUAAUAGGCAGUAGGUACAGCCUACUACAUGCUGCAUUUGAAUUUAGUCUACAGCAUGACUGUUCUGAUGGAUCUGUUCUUCAGGAUGCUGGGUCAGACGUCACUGGAUUUCCGGUUUCGGAAAGCAGAAGUAAACAACGGCCAAGCUGAUAGAGAAACUGCUUCUUUAGCAUCACUAAUGAUUUAAAAAGUUAAGAAGUGAUUCAUAUGGAAUUUAGUAGUUUUCACAGCUACUAAAACUGGGUGCCCCCUUAAAAACUGGUCCAAUGCAUACUGUGAAAUUUUCCCAAAUCAAUACAACAUCCGGUGGAUUUUGCAUACUGCAGAUUUUGCACUUUUUCACAUACUACAUACUGAAUUUGGGCCAAAUCAGUACGUACUGCUAGUAUAGUUGGCGGUUUCAAAAACAGCCUGAGACAGAAAAAUCCCUGACAAUGAAGAACAGAGCAGGAUGUUUCUGUUUGUUUAGUAUGACGUUUAUUAUGCUCUUUUUUAGGAGUAUAAUCAACCGGGAUGUCACAUUUUGAGCAAAUUUCAUGUCACUCUCACGUUGUUCUCUUGAGACUUUUUGAAUGAACCAUUGACAGUCUCACCCUGGGACAAAUUCGACACAACUUAAUCUCACAAUCUGAUACUUUGCCCAUGUUUAGUACCUACAGCCAAAAUGUUACCGUAGUAUCUGUUUGUCAAAGAUUGAAAAAGCAUAAUGCCACCUCUUUAAGUCAAACACAACAGUUUUCCCACUUUAUGUUAAGUGUUAGGUUUUUCAACCUAGUUUCAGGACCUCAUAUGGAGUCACACUGACCAGGUAAUGGGAUAGCAAAGACUUAUUUGUGUUGUCAGUUAUUUUAAUAACUGUAUGGUCUUGAAAACGUCUGAAAAUAGUACACAACAAUGGCAUUUGUAAUUCCCAGCUAAUGGAGAGUCUUUUUUUAGUCGUCUUCUCUAAAUAAACAAAUUACUAAAUUUGUUUGGAGAUUGGAAGAAGUAACAAAUGUGAAAAAUUCAUACAAAAAGCAAAUCAUAAUCAUCACAUUAGUUGACUUUUUGUCAGUAGACUAACUUAUUAACAAAUACCAUAGUUUCUCUUUUACUGCUUCUGUAAUUUCCCACCUUCAAUCAAUGAAUUCAAAUCAGAAUCUAAGAUGUUUGAAAUAACAUGAAUGAAUUAAAUGCAUAAAUUAGAUGAGAUGACUCUGGCAGCUGGUGUUUCAACAGUUUAAGUGUAAAAAGGUAACCCGACUCUGGUUACUCAAACCGUCUUCAGAAAACCUUCCCAACCGUCCCGUCCAGACAUGGUCCUUACUGUGUUAUUAUGUGGCCUAGUGAUGAGCUGUUGUGCCUUGGUACUUGAUUACUGUUAUGCUUAAAGGUACUGAAAUAUUUGCAGACUGUCACAGUAGCAUUUAUCUCUGAGAAACAGACAAGCCUGCCCCCUGCUGGCACUUGAUAGACAUCAUUUUACAGGCAAUAUAAUUAUUCCUCUGACGGUCUCUGGCUGCUGAUCCUCUUUCUUAUUUAAGUGUGUUUUUAUUUAUAAAGGCUUUAUUUUAUUUAAUGCACUUUAUUAUGAUUCAGUCAUAGACCGCUUCAAGUAUGACAUGUUACGCUGUCUUGUUUUCAGCUGACUGAAGCUGAUUUAAGCAGGUUCUGAAAACACUGUCAUCAAACCAAAUCUACUGUUGAAGACUGAUGCUGUUUUGUAUUUGCUUUGAAGUAGCACUAGAAACGGUAGCGAAUCACUGUGUUUGGGAGGGCAGGGGUGCUCAGCCUCACACCAAUACUCCUGUGCUGUCGGAAAACGCUGUUCCAGAAUUAACAUGUCUAAAAAAUCAAAACCUGCCGGGUUGAAAACAGAUUCUUUUGUUUUCCUUAUUUGCAUUUUGAAAGACCUGAUGUAUUAUUUCCCCAAUGUAAUAUAUUGUUAAUUAUAUUAAAAGAUUUUAAACACA